AUGGCUAAAUCAUUAAGGGUGAUAGUGGGAACUUUUUUCUUUUAAUUCUGGAUUUUAUUUAUGAUUUUAGCAGGCUACAUGGUCUACAGAUUGAUUGUUUAUAGAGAAGCUUGGAAUGUAAUACUGUUUAUUGUGACAAUGAUCUUGCAAGUAAAUUAUGUGAAAUCAGAAUUAUUCAUAAAAUUCUAAUUAUGGUUCAAAAUGAUGGAAUGGUUUGACAAGAGAGAAAUAGUUGAAGUGGAAAAACCUAAGAAAAGCAAUUCAAUGGUACUAAAUAGUGAUAAUUUAGUUUUGUUUUCAUCCUCAUGGCAUAUAUAGUAUGGGAAUGGUUCAUAAUUUGUACACUAAAAAUACAUUCUUUGAAAAUUUGAUUGUUUUAAGUUCAAGAUUCGCACUAUCAAUUCCAUUUUCUGGGCUAUUAUUGACUUUAUUUGGAUUACAAGGAGUACAUCCAGAAAACCUAAGUAAAUUGUUGAAAAAAGGGUCAAAUGUAGGAAUAAUGGUUGGAGGAUUUGAGGAAGCAACUCUUACCAAAUAUGGAGAAAAUAGAGUUUAUAUCAAAGAAAGAAAAGGAUUUAUAAAGUAUGCUUUGAGGUAUGGGACAACAAUCUAUCCUGUAUUUACGUUUGGUGAAAACAAUAUGUUUUAUACAUACAAUGGUUUUUAAUCUUUGAGACUUUGGUUAAACAAAUUUAAGCUGAUAGGAACCAUUUAUUGGAGUAGAUUCUUAACAGUACCAGUAAGAAUAUUGAAUAUAUCAAUAGGAACCUCAUACUGAUAUGAUUACAGUUUGCGGAAAAGGAAUAGAAUUACCCAAAAUUGAAAAUCCAGCAAAGGAGGAAAUCGAUAAAUAUCAUGAGAUUUAUAUUAAAGGAUUAAAGGAGUUGUAUGAUACUUAUGCUCCAAAAUAUGCACCAAAAGUACCUUUACAGAUAUUUUGAC